GCAAGCUGAAAUCUGCCUCGUGGGCAGCCAGCGCCCGAGACAGACACAUGUCUCAGAUUGUGCCAUCAACUUUUGCAAAGGCCAACCACUGAUCUACUCACGGCGGACCUCAGCAGCAUGCAUAUAUCCCUGCAGCCGAUGAGGCAACAGGCCAGCUUGCGCAACGGCGAUCGAGACUGGACGGGCGUCACGAGCGCGAAAGAGCGCAGGCGUCUGCAAAACCGGCUGAACCAGCGUGCCCUUUACGAGCGCAGGAAGAUGCGAGGGACAAAGACUCUGGCCACCAAACAGGCACAGCCACGCUUCAAUGCGGCCGACGUGUUCCCUGGUGACACUGAGGGCACUCGACUUCUGACGCGUAUCUGCUUCCUCAACCACGAGGCGUCCCACCAGCAGACGAUCAAUCUCGCACGCCAGGCCUUGCACGAGUACCUGUCUAAGAGCUACGACCUGGGCCGGCUGGCCUCUCUCGUGCGUCUCAACGUCUUCUUCGCUUGGCAGGACAACGCGCGCAUGUUAGGUUUCAGCGACAUCUGGCUCUCCGAGGAUAUUGUCUCGCCUUUCUGCGCAGAAGUUGUCCUUCCAAGAGAGGCCGACUCUGCAAAACAUGGCGGGGAAGUACAUGGACAAUAUGACACGCUGCCCGUCGCUCUGCGCCCAACUCCGACACAGAAGAAGUUUCCACACCACCCGUGGGUCGACGUGAUCCCGCAUCCACAGCUAAGGGAUAACAUCAUCGUGGCGCUGGCGCAGGGACGCAAUGGGAGUGAAGUGGAUGAGUUCGAGCUAUGUCAUGAUUUGAUCGAGGUUGUCGGUCCAACUGUCGAGCACAGUCCUGCUGGCUUUAAGCGCUCUUGUGAGCUGCCACCGUUAUCAAACGCUGCAAGAGGGUCCGAUUUGGCCCAGAAAGCAUGGGAUUACAUCUCGCUUGUGCACGAGAGCGCCGAGAUGAGCAGCAGACCACCGUCGCUUCUUGUAUGGGAAAGCAGCCGGCCUUGCGAGACAAAAAGCUGGGAGGUCUCUGCUCAGUUUGUGCAUAAAUGGGGCUGGCUGUUGAGUGGUUGUGACGCCCUUCUGCAAGCUACCAAUGUGUGGAGGAGAGCAAGAGGUGAGCAGGCCAUAAAGUGGUAGUGUUUUGAACUGUCUACUUGCUAUCACAAUCCACAAGCCCUCUUGCUGCCAAAAGCUCUCCGCUCAAAUCCAUGACUAUUCUAUUCAAGCA